AACUCAGCAGUUGACACUCAAUACACUCGCUUAUUUACAGCGGUGAUUUUUCGCCGAAUAUAAAACGUAGUGGCAUGAUAUUCUACGGUCGUCAGUUGUUUUUAUCAAUCGUUUAACCAAACAGCGUGGUUAUAACUACUAACGUGGUUUUUAAUUUCUUUGAUCUUAGCUCAUGUGUUUCUACUGAUAACGAAUUUUCUCUUCCAUAUUUUUUGCGUUGCGCAGUAAAAUAGAAACGUGCCGGGUUACCGAACACGCAGUUCGUCCACUACUGUAGUUUUUGCGUUUCCAAAGUCACAUGGUUAUUAGACAAAAAAAUAAUAUUACAUUUUUAAUAUUUAAUAAUAUUUUUGUUUCUAUAUUUUUCACAGUUAGAAUCUGUUUUUGUCGCGUUUUAUUGUUUAUAUCAAUUCGCAGUGUAUGUUAAUUGAUGGUAAAUACGUCGUCAUUCAAUUUUUGUAAGUACCUACUAACAAAAAAAAAAAACAAAAUUACCUGUACUCAAUCAUUGCUGAGAUUGAGUAUGUUUAAUUCAUGCUAUUUGCUUUAUUAAACAAUUUUUCAACAAUAAUCCGAUUGUUAUACUGAUGGCAUAUUGAACAAUGUUUGAGUAAAGUUUUAGUCGUUUAAAAUCGAUUCGGUUUUGUAAAUGACUAGUAUGAAUAAGGUAUUAAUACCAUCAUCUACAUCAUCAGUUGCCAUGUCUACUAAAAGUACAUGCAACAAAGAAAAUAUACACUCAAAAAAAUAUGUGUCCGCAUCUGAUGAUAUUGAUGUAAUUGAACACACACCUUGUCAAUCUCCACUGCCCGGUGAAGAUAAACAACUACAAGAAUUAAAUAAGUGUGAUGACAGUGGUGAAAGUGAAACUGUGAUUAUUGAAAAACAAAAAUUUGUGGAAGCUCCAUUACCUAAAACUAACCCUUGGAAAGCAAACAUAAAUGCAGCUCACACUGUUCGUCCAAAAGAAUCUAUCAAAGAAAAGGAUCCAAUAGUUGGUGAAAAAAGAGUUUUACAACCUCAGCAGCAAACUAUUUGUGAGUAUUAUUACUUUAUAGUAUAUAUAUUAACAUGAAUAUCAUAACAAUAAUUUUAUCCUAUACAAAUUUACCUAGAUAUCUAAGCAAUUUGAUUGGUUUUUAGUAAAUAGAGAAGAAGUAAUCUCCAAUAAUAAUAAUACAAAUUUUAUUCCAGGAAGAUUGUUCAGUUUUUAAAAAUUAUAUUUCUUUUGAAUUUCUUACUGUUUCAACAAUAUUAAAUAGGUACCUAUAACAUACUGAAAACACGCCUAUUUGUAAAAAAACUAUUAUUUAAGUUUAAAUUAAGUUAGUAGGUACCUAUAAAUAUUAUAUUAGUGAAUAUGAAACAAAUAAAUAAAUUUAUUAAUAUAAUAUAAUUUAUAACAUAAUUUUAAUAAUUAGUGGUUUUGUAUACCUAUUUAUUUAAAUACUACAAGAACUUUGCUACAUUAAUUAAAUGGUUUCUUUAACAUUACCCGAAGCCUUUUAGCCUAAAUGAGUUGGGUUUGAUAGUAACUUUUCAACAGUAAAUAAACCAAGAAAUAAACUUAAGAGUUAAUCUAUUAUUAAAUGUACCUGCCUAUAAUUAUAGCAAAUUACUAAAUUGGUCAGGAUGACAUUUAUAAGUGUUUAUUUUGUUUACAUGAUUGAAUUUAGGUAAUUAGGGAUCUUGAUUUUUUACAUAAAUCAAACAUUCAACAGGUGUGCUCCUAAGGGACAUAAUUAUUAAACUUUUUUUCCUUUGUGGAUAUUUAACAUCAGUUUCUUUAAUUUUAAUUUUUAGUUUAGUGUUGGGAAAGUUAUUUGUGCUAUUUUAAUUAAACAAAAAUUUAAGCUUAAAUCUAGUUAAAUUAUAUUGUUUUACAAGUGCUCAGGUAUGGAAUACAACAAGUAUAAUGUGUGGGUACUGUAUUAGGGUUUUUGAAGAUGGAUUCUUGAAAUAAAUAAAUUUAUUCAAUGGUUCUUAAUUUUUAAUUUGAAAGCACCUAUAUUUUAUUUAAAAUAUUCAAAUCAUAUUUAUUAUUUAAUAAUAAUUUAUUUUACUGUAUAGAACUUAAACAAAAUUGAUAAGAUAUCUAUAAUUGAAAAAUACAAUACUUACCUGUUUACUUAAAUUUGUGUAAAUAGACUUGUUAUCUUAAUCCCCCUCCCAAUAACCAGACUUUAAUUUUAAAAGAACAUAAUUAAUUAAAAUUGAUCAUUUGUUCUUAAAAUCUUUUUUUGCUCUAAUGGGAUUUUACUCUAAAAGUGUGCACUCUUUGUCAAAAAGUCCCAAACACCUGAUAAAUUUGAACUACUUCGUAUGGUUUAAUUUUAAAAAUAUUAAAAAAUUAUACCCCAUUUGUGUUAAUUCUCUUUUUAUAUUUUGUUUGACUACAUGAAACUCAUCUUACAACUUUUAUUGCUCCAAAUACUAAUUCGAAAAAAACCAUUUACAUAUAGGUUCAUUUUAUUUCACUAAAAAUAUUUUACCUGGUUUUUUAGUAAAAAUAAUCUGUACCUACAUAUUAUUUUCUAUACUAUUUGAUAUUUGUUUUGAAUCAUGAAUUUUUUUUUUAAAAAUAUCAAAGGUUUGUAUUUAGUAUUUAUUUAAAUAAUUAAAAUUAAUGUUUAAAUUUAAAUUUAAUACCCACCUAUUAACAGUGCUUAUGUUAGUUAAUACUAACCUAAUAAGUUUGUCUAUUGUGUUGGAAAUCAUUUUAAAAAUCUCUGUUCGGAUAUUCACUUAGUCUUAGGGACCAAUGGUAUAUCCAACUUAUAAUAUGACUAAGCCCUGAACUAAGCCUAUAGACAAACACAGACAUACAUAGUCAUAUUCAGGUUAGUAUAUUGAUUAAACUAAUAAAUACAUUUUUAUUUGUAAAUAAAUUUGUAGCAAGGUCUUAAUAAUUGGUGGUUUAAUAUAUAUUUAUUCAAUUGCUCCAAGAUCUUUGCUAAAUUAAUUGAAUGGUUUCGCUAACACUACUCGAAAGCUUUUAGCUUAAAUGAGUUGAGUUUGAUAGUAGCCUUUCAACAGGCAUAUUUAGAAUAGUGUUAAAAACUAAUAAAUAAAUUAUUUUUUAUAAAUAAACUUAUAGCAAAGUCUUAAUAAUUGGUGGUUUAAUAUAUAUUUAUUCAAUUGCUCCAAGGUCUUUGCUAAAUUAAUUGAAUGGUUUCGCUAACACUACUCGAAAGCUUUUAGCUUAAAUGAGUUGAGUUUGAUAGUAGCUUUUCAACAGUAAAAACAAUAUUAUUUUACAAACUAACUUAUAAUUUGCAAAUCUGUUUAUUUUUUCAUUAAAAAUAUACUUGAAGGUGCUCAGAAACCCGAGCAGCAGCAGUAGCAAAAUUUCUGCGGUAACUGAACAAAAUAAAAUAUCGCUGACUUAGGUCAACCAAAGCGCAAUAGUACAGUGAAAUCGUGUGGUAGUAGUUAUAGUUCUUCUAUAAUAUUUCAUUUUUAUCUUAUUUUAAUUUUCGAUAACUAUUAUACCUAUACACUACGGGCCAGUAGUGUAUAUUUUCUAUCUCAUACAUGUAACUUGCCUGAUCAAUAUUUAUUUAACACUGUAAGACUAGGAUUAUCUUAGAACUGGUGGUAUUGGAUUAUAAAUAACAAUUUAAAAAAAAUUGGUUUAUAUUUUAUGUAACAAAAAUCACAUUUUCCAUGUUUUAUACAUAAUUGAUUUUAUAUAUUUAUAGCAAUGGUACUUAAUACACAAUGUACCUACUUGAAUUUUCUUAAAAUAUUUUGUACACUAAAAAUUGAUUAAUUGAGUAGGGUAAUAUAUUUAAUAUAAAAAAUAUCAUCCCUUUACCUUGAAUUAUUAUUAUUCAGUUCAACAUAAAAACUAAUAUUUUAGUGAAUAAGAAUUAAUAAUUUUAUGUACAAACAUAUACAAAAUUGUUUAAACCAUGUUCUUUAGUAUAAAGUAGAAACUAAAAGUUGUAAUUUUGAUUAAUAUUCACAUAUUAUAGACUUAAAAAAUUUACUAUCUUUUAGGUGUUUAUAGGGGUAUGAUAGAUGAUAUACCUAGGUGUAUAAAUCUUUAAAAUUACAUAUUUUUAAUUAAAGAAAUCAAUAAAAUAGCUUGCUCAAAUAUUACAUUUAAUAUUUAAAAUAUGCUUUUUCAUGUGCUAUCUUUACUUUGUAAAUUGUCAACAUUUCUUACUCCUGGUUUAAGUUUCAUGUUACAUUCAAUAAAUAUUAGAAUAAACAUAAAACUCCAUACUCAAGUUAUGUUAUAAUAAUAAAUAACCUAAAAAUGUCUUAAUAAUAUGUUAUAAUCACGAGUAUUCAAUAUUAAGUAUCUAAUACUUAAAAAAUUACAAUUUACCUUUUUAUAAAUUGUUGUAUAAUUAUGUACUUCCUGUGUCUAGAGUAUAGACGUAAAACAACAAACGACAUAUAUUUAUCAUUUAUAUUGUAAUUAUACAAUUUAUUUUACUAAAUUAAUUAUUUGAUACAUUUUGUAAUCAUUUUAUUUAAACUAAUAAUUUAUAUAUAAUUAAAUUAUUCAUAUCAAAGUUUUUGUCAGCUAUUUUCCCUCUCCUUUCCAUCUGCAGUCCUCCAGCACUAAAUAAUCUUUUAAAAGAAGCUAAUGGGAAACACAAGAUUAAAUUUGAUGAAAGUUUUUUUUUUUUAACUGUCUGAACAAAUAAUGAGUAUAUUAAAAAAAAAAAAAAAAAUGCAUAAAAACUUGUAAAUAUAACAUAAAUACAAAUUGUAUUAUUUACACUGUACACAUGCAUUGCAAUAGAUACUGAAAACAGACAAUUAAAAUUAAAUCUUAAAUCCCAAAAAAAAUUGUUUUCAACUCUUUAACUUGGUUUAAUUUUUCAAAAGUAAUUUUUAUUCAACAAAAACCAGUUUAAUUGUUAAGUUAAUAAUACAAAUAAUUUAUGAUUUACAUUAACUGAUAUGUUAAUAAGUUCAAUAAAACUUAUUCCUACAUACUAUUAUCUUUAGGCUACAAUUAAUAAACAUUUAGAAUAUAAUUUCCUAGUAUGGUAUAAAGUUUUUAGUAAAUAUUUAUAUUUAAAACAGGUUUUUACUUGAUUUCAAAUUUUCAAUUGCAUUGUAACUGCUUGUAUGUAAAUUUUAGUACAAGUUUAUACAUGUAUGUAUAUAUGUAGGUAUAUGUCUAUAUCCUUGGUAAAAAUCGAACCAUAAUAUUAAAACCAAUAAUAUUUUAGUUGCAAUGGUUCGAUUGUAUAGUGUGAUGAUUUAAUGUUCAAAUACUCAUUAGUGUUGUGCACAAUAUAAACACUUUGAUAAAGGCCAUAAUAUACGUCAGUUCGUAUUAUUUAGUUAUUUGGCUUAUCUAAUCAUGUUUUCAGAUGUAUUAGUUUAUAUUAUAUUUUAUAAUUAGACUAUCUGUAGUCAUAUGAAUGACCAAAAGUAAUAAAACAUAAUUAUGAUUAAUAUAUAAUCCAAUACUUCAAAUAUUUUUCAAUUAUACCUAGGUAUUGUUUUUUUUUUAAACAUAGUAUUUAUAAUAUAUUUGAUUUCAAAAUAUAAAAAUAAAAAUAGUCUGCUUGUUAAUUGUAUAUUUUUAUUAUAAUAUAUUAACUAGUUAAUUUGCAUUCUUUUCUAGAAGAUUAAUAUUAACUUGAUUAAUUGAGUGGAUUCAAUAAAUGCAAAAGAAAUGUGACCUUUAUGUGAAUCUCAAACCCUUUUAUAUAUAUGGAUUUUAAAUUUAAUUGAUAAUAAAGUAUAUAUUUUACAAAUAAGCAAACAAAAAAAUAAAAUUUUAAAGCCAGCUUUGUUAUAAAAAUACAGAGCUUCUAAAAUAUUAUUAAAUCCGUAUCACACAUUAUAUUUAUAGUGGUAUUAAACCUUGGGUUUAAAAUAGUCAAAACAUUUUUUGUUGGUGUUUAUAAUGCAUUUAAUGAAAAAACAAAAUUCACGUUUUGUUUUAGUUUAAUAACAUACAAUAUUCAUUUGAAUAAUAUUUAACACAUUUUUCGUAUAUACUUUGUACAAACCUUUUGAUUGGUAUUAAAAUUGCUAUUAAUGAUUAUAUAAAUGAUAAAAUAUUCCUAACUAAUAUUUAUUAAAACGAGGAAUAAUGUAGGUAAUUAAUUAAGUCUGAAGUAUACAUUUGUGUAUUAGAAUUAUUUUAAAAGUUUUGUUGUUUUCAAUAUAUUUAUACAUUUUUAUUAAAUGGAGUGUGGGAAUAAGUUUAUUUUACUGUAAAUAAUUUCAUAAGAUGUUAAAAUAAACGUACAACUCAGUCUUUCUAUUACUAAUAAAAAAAUCUAGUUUAAUUUAUAUUUUUAAUUUCAUAACUCUGGUUAAAUUGAAUAAUAUUAUUGUACUUAUAAAUUAUUUAUUUAAUUUGUAUUUAAAGAUGAUGUGUCGAACGGUAAAACCAUCAAUAAUGGUCACAAAUUCAGCAAAACAAAAAAAGUAAGUAACAGAUUUAUAUAUAUUUGUACAAUAAUACACCAAUAUACUUGUACACCUUUGUAAUGCAUUACUAAAAAUUUAGAUCCUUGUUUUAAUAGCUUUUGGUAGGUUUAAAAAAAAAUAUAUGUAUAUAUAUAUAAUAUAUGUUACGGUUAGUGUUGUUAGUUUUAACAUUAGAUUGUCUUCGUCUAUUUUACCUAAGAUAAGAACAUUGUCUAUGUUUGUACCUUCUUUUUUUUUCGAUAUUUUUAUUUUCAAGUGAGCUACGGGUAUAUAAAAUAUUAAAAUUUUAAAAUAAUCCUGUCUCGUUUAAAAAUUAAAAUAUUGAAAAAAAAAAAUGUAUAAGCACAAACAAUAUCACCUUUAAGUUUGAUAAUUAUCCAAUAUACUCUAAUAUUAAAAUUAACAACAUUCACAUAUAUAUACGAUUAUUCACUUAGAAUACUCGCCUCAUUUUUUUGGUUAAAUAUUGUAUAUAUUCAAAUUUUGAUUUUUGGAAUUUUUAAGUGUAGUCAAAGCUGAUAUUUUUAAAAACUUUGGUUUUUCAAAUGAAAACCUGUAAUAAAAAUUCCAUAAGUAGAGUAUUACUUCAAACAAAUUUUAAUGUCAACAUAUUUGAUUCUCGUCAACCUGUUAACAAGAUAAUCCACUUUUAAGUUUUGGUUGGGGGAUUAGUAGUGGAGUAUCAUUUGUGUGGUAACAUGGCACACAGCGUUUUAUUAAUGUUCCACUACUCUUUUCCUGCAUAUACUUAAAAGUGGAAUAUAUCAAUAAUGUGUUGACAAAAAUAAAAAUUUUAAUACAAAAGUGUAUUUAAAUUAAUAAAAUUUAUUUAUGAAAUUUUUAAUGUAGGUUCUCCCUUGAAAAGUUGGUAUUGCCACAGGAUAUUCUUUAGAUGUUGUGAAAAAUCUAAUUAUUCAAAAGUAUCGGCUUUUACUACACUUAGAAGUUUUAAAAAUCAAAAUUUAAAUGUAUGUAAAAUUUAACCCCAAAAAUAGGGUGAGCAUGCUUAUUGAAUCACCCUGUGUGUGUGUGUGUGCAUUAAUUAUGUUAAGUCCUAAAAAUAUAAACAACAGGCUAUUAUUAGAAAUAUUAACAUAUUUAAUUUGUUUAAACUUAUAUAUUAUAUCUUGUACUUUGUAGUUUUAUGAUGUAACUUCUAUUUUAUUUAACUUAAGAGUACACAGGUUUGCAGAAAUGUGACUGAUUGCUGUAUGUUGCGAGAUCCCUUGAUUAAUCGGAUAAAACAAUUAUUACUAACCAUACGCCAUUAUUGCCGCCGCUGUAUAUACAGAUAGUCAUAAUAUUUACCACUAAAUAAAUCAUUACUUAUCAUAAUCAGUUAAACUCUUGAAUAAAAAUUAUAUAUAACCAGUAAAUUUAAUUUAAUUUUGGUUUUAUUAUAAAUAUAAUGAAAUGCAUUAUGACUGUUUACAAAUUAAAAUUAUAAAAAUAGUAUACAUCACAUACUAACAAUUAAAUAUUACAGAAUUAAAUCACAUUUUCAAAACGAUUCUGAAUCUGAAAGUUUUUUCCAAUGAUAUUCAUAACUUGUUCAGUUUUUGCGGAUAACAUGUUAUCAACAAGAGAAUUAAUUUUUCAAAAUUGUUAUCUUUUUUAGUGUGGUUUAUGAAAUUUUUCUGAAUUCAUACGGUUAAAACACAAUGUUAUUGAUAUUUUGUUUGUUAUGCAUGCCGUAUCCUAUAUGUAUCAGUGGCGGCAUGGCAAUAGAAUAGGUGGGACUGAGUGAUAGGUGGGUAAGUGGAUGCAGCAGAACCAAUAACCAGUAGUGGAAAAGUAUGCUCUUAUAUGAUGUGCUUUUGUCCAUCACUCAGUAUACUCUUGAAUCGAAUAGAUUAUAUAUGAUCUUUAGGUACUUAUUGAAAAUAGAAUGUACUAUAAUAUAUCCAUUUAUUCUUUAUAACUGCUGCAACUAUUAAAAUCAAAAUAUAUUUUUACCGUAGAAGAACUAUUAUUAAACAAAUUAUUUUAACAUAUUAGUAUUUAUUAUUUAUAAAUUAUUAUUUUAAAUUUUAGAAUAAAGAAUUCAAUGGCAUUGAAGCAUGGCCAUCUUUAAGUAAUAAUCAGAAUACAGAUGUAAGUAAAAUUAUUACCCAUAUUAAACUUAAUAUAUAGUAAAAUUUUGAUUAUCUACCAGUAAUAGAACUGAAAGGCUGACUGGUUUAUUUGGUAGAAUCUUGGGCUUUUUCAAUGUUGGUUAUUGUAUAUCAGUGGUUUCUGAAUAAGAGAUUGAUGAGUAAUCAAAUUUUUACUGUAUUCAAUUUUGAAUGCAAUUAAUUACUUGUUAUUCGAUUUAAUUAGUGUUUUCCUUUUAGAAAAAAUUUUCACCACAGAGUGAAAAUUCUUCCCCAAAUAUUCAACAACCACGUUUAUCAAAAGUUAAUAACUCCGCAUCUAUGGUAGGAAAGGAUGUUCAAACAUCUACCAGGGAAGCUACUCCUGCAGGAAAAUCUUAUCAAAAGGUAAAUGGUUUGAAAAAGAAUGAGACAAAUAAUGAUCCUUCAAAUAACACCGAACAGGAUAAUGGAACAAAUUCUGGUCAUUCAUCGUCAAAUGAAUCAAAUAAUAUUGAUAAACGAAAAAAAGGUCAGUAGUUACACAGUAGAAAUAAUUAACAACAUUUAUGUGAGUCAGUAAAAACUGUUUCUAGUUUUAAAAUCAAUUUCAAAUAUAUGAAUAUUUGACAAAGAAACUGUAUUUCUGGUACUCUCUUCACACAAUCUAAUAUUAAAUUAAUAGAAUAUAACAUAUUUAAAUAAAAUAUAUAUUUUUUAUGUUACUAUAGUAAAACAUUCUAAAUGGACACCACUUGAUAUUGAAAUAUCUAAGGAAUAUUCAUAUAGGAGCAGAUUAUCAAAAUAUCGCAGAGAUCAAUCAGGUGAGUUAUUUCAAAAUUAUUAUUUUGUUGAGAAAAAUCAAGCAUUUUAAUAUUCCUUCUAGGUGGCCGAGAUAAAACUAAUAAUCAAAUUAGGAAUAAAAAUAUACGUAAGGGUCAUGAUUUGUCAGAUGUCGAUUCUGAAAAACGUGAUGGAGGGCCAAUGCGUUAUGUUCGACAUCAACGGUUUCGCAAUAAUCUUCAAGACGAAGAAUCUAAGAAUAAUACUCAAAAAUCAGCAUUAGAUGGAAAAAAUGUAAAUUUGAUCAACCUCAUUAAUCAUUACUUUUAUUUAUAUCUGAUUUUAAUAGCAUGAUAAUAACAGUAUUAUACAUACAAAUUAUAAGCUGAAUAACAACAUUUCAACUUAAUCAAUAUAAAAUAUUAAAAUAUUUGAUUACUAUUUUUUCAGGUUAAUUAUAAUUUGAAAGGAAGUGAUAUUUUAUACUCAGCGCCAUCAAAUUUGAAUUACACCCAACCUUAUUGUGAACUAGUUCCAUUCAUGACUUAUCCAGUAAUAAAUGAACAGACUGUGAUUAAUCUUCUAAAACAGCAAAUGUGCGUUAAUCAAUUUUUACAUUUUAUAUUUUUGUAUAUAUAUAUAUAUGUGUGUGUGUAUAUGCAUGAUUAAUUAAUUCAAUGGGGAAUGAAGUGGCCCAGUAUUGCUGUUUCAAAUCUUGGUCAUAGACAGCCCCUUUCUCUUUGUAAGACAAUUGUCUAUCAAACAAUACCGCUAUCCUCCUCCCUAAGUGUGACAAAACCUUAGGAUGUUUGAUUAAAAUUCUAAAUCUUAAUGACCAAAUUUGAUGCUAUUAUAUUUCUUGUUUUUAUGACUAUAAAAAUCAUUGAAAUUAAUUUAAUUUGUAUUUUUAUCAUUUUACAGAUCUUACUAUUUUUCAACAGAUAAUCUUUGUAAAGACACAUUCUUCAGGUUUCAUAUGGACGAACAGGGUUAUGUUCCUGUGACGUUUAUAGCAUCUUUUAAACGUGUUAGGGAACUCAGUCAAGAUAUUAGCCUUGUUAUGAAAGCCAUGAUUGAUAUGGAAGAAUUAGAAAUUAGUGGUGGUCAUAUGGUAUAAAAAUGAUAAUUAUUUAAAUUUAUAAUAAAUAUAGACUAAUAUAUUCUUAAAAAUAAUUUAAUUAGGUAAGAUGUCGUAAUAAUCCAACCAAGUGGCCACUUAAAGAAAUACCUCAACAAUUUUUGUUUAAAAAUAAUUUAAAUGGACAACACCCAUUAUUUGCUCAUCCCAUGGGACCGCCUACUAUUGUUCCAUUAAUUUCUCCCGAUUUAAUGGUGAAAAAUUUACCCGCAGCUCCUCCCGCACCAAGCAUACACAUUUUUUCUGAUCCCCAAGUUCCGAUGAAUCUUAAUCCUGAUGUCCCGGAAUUCAUUCCAAGGAGUAGCCCCGUAGAAUUGAAGACUGAAGAUAACUGUGAUACAAAUGACUGUGAACAAAUAAAACAAGUUAAUAAGCAAAAUAGUACAACUAAUGGGGAAAAUAUAGAAAUACCAAAUACAACUACCAGUAAUAGUGAAUUAAUUGAACCAUCUAAUAAAACUAACAGUAAUGGUGCUAAUAUUAAAACUACUGUCAACAGUCAACAAAUUGAAACAAAUAAUAAAACCACUAGUCAAAAUUUAAAUUGUAAGUAUUUUAACUAUAAAUUGUUAAAGUAAAAUAAUUGAGCAAUUAUUAAAUGUGUACAAAUUUAAAAUAUUUUAAACAGCUAAUUUAAAAUCAAAUACUACUGAAGAAGAUGAUAUUAAAUCUUCAGUUAGCAAUGUUGAAGAUAAUGAAACAUGGCAAGAAGUAUGUUUCAAUUUUAUUUAUUUUUAUUUGUUCAUUGUAUUUACUGAUUUAUGAUUAAAUAUCUAUGAUAAUUAUUUAUAUUAUGUCCUAUAAAUUAUAUGUUUGUAUUGUUUCUAUGAAUGCAUAUAAUUUAUAAAUGUUUUUACAGGUAAAAAGACGGUCAAAGCCUAAAAAUAAUUGUGUGACUUCUGAAACAUCAAAUGUAUCGAAACGUAAUCAGUUGGAAAAUCAAUUAGAUACACGUGGUUUAAGCUCUUGGGAUUUAGGAUUUCAGUUUGAUGAAGAUCUUGCUGUAGUACCACAUGGAAAGAUGAAUAAAUUUAAUGAAGAUCCAAUUGGGUAAUUUAAUAUUUCUAUACAAAUUAAAUUGUUUUAUGUUCAUUUUUAAAUUUGCUUAAUAAUCAUUAAUUAAUUAAUAUAGUUCAGAUACUGAUGAAUCUGAUUAUGGAGACAAAGAUGAUUUUGAUGAUAAAGAUAUUGAUAAACUUAUGAUAAUAACACAAAAAAUGAUUAGUCGUCCUCAAAAAAUUGAAGAUCGAUCUCAUGAUAAAACAACUCGUGUUAAAAUGACUCAAGAUCUGGAACAUGCAAUUGACCUAGGCUUAAGAUUAUAUGAAGAAGACUUGUGGCAUACAAACUCAAUGGUAUUUAUCUGAAUUUUGUUUUCAAUAAAAUAUUACUUAAUAUUUUUCUUUAGAAUCAACCUUCCUACAAGACUGUUAAUAUUGUUACUCAAGAGGUUUUUGAAAGGCUAGUACAGAAAACUCCAAAAAAAGUCAAUCAAAUUCUUCCUCCUCCUCCGCCGCCAUCCCUCAGUGUUGAUAAUUUAACUGAAGUUAUGGAAUCCACUGAAAGAAAGGCAAGUUAUAAAUUUUAAAUUAAUAUUUACGUAUCAUAAUCAAAUAUUCUCUAUUAAUAGGAAAAUGAAAAUAAACAAGAAAAAGCACAUUCUGCAACACAAACUAAAACUAAAGUUAAAUUUGAUUUACAAAAACCAAAUCGUCGUCACUUUUAUGGAGAUAUUGAUGAAUCUUCUGGUCAUAGGAAACGAAGCCGUUUUAAUGUGGACAGUGAACAUCAUGUUGGUUGGGUAUUAGACUCUCGUGCCCAUUCUAGACCUCGUACAACAUCAUUUAAGUAUACAUAAUUUUUAUUAAUAUUUUAUAUAAUUUAUUUAUUUUUUUUUUAUACAUUUUAAAAUUUUAUUUUAUUCGCAGUAGUGGAACAUUAGGAAACAGUCCUAAUCCAAGUGAAGGUUAUCUGUCUAGUACACCUCAAUCAUUGCCAACUUUUCAUCACCCUUCUCAUGCAUUACUUAUGGAAAAUAAUUUUACUCAACAAGCAUACCAUAAAUAUCAUUCACGGUGUUUAAAAGGUGUGUAUGUGUAAUUUUUUUUAUAAAGUGUAAAUUAAAUUUUGUUUUACUUUAUUCACUUGAAAAAUAAGGUUAAAAUAUUUUAUACAUUUUUUUUAUACACUAUUUAGUACACAUAUGUCUUCUCUACAUAUGAUAUGGGCAAAGUAUACAAUAAGUAAGCCAUUUCUUUGGCAUAUUUGAAUUUAAACAUGCGAGGUAUUAUGUAUUUUUUUAGGGGUCCUGGUAGGUACCAAUACAAAUUUAUAUUUAUAUAUAAAAUCAAAUAACUUCAUUAUCUUUGGAUUAAUACAAUUAAUUUGUUAACAUCAGCAAAGUUAAUAGUUUGACUUCAUUUUUUAAAAUGUAUUUUUUCAUUCUAUUAGUGUGAAAUUAAUGAAUUAUACUUCAACUUUAUUAAAAGCAUUUAUUUGAACCUUUUUUUUUUAAACAAAUCAUUUAAAUAUACUUAAAACUAAAAACUAGUAUGUUCAUGAACUGAACUGCACAAUAUAAGUAAUAAUAUGUGACUAAAUAGUAAAUUUUUUGAGAGUACACUUUAGGUAAAAGCUUUUAAUGAUUAUAGUAUUACAAAAAUGACAGUAGCAUGUGCUGUGUGAUCAGUUGAGUACAGAUGGUUUUUUUUAUUAUUAAUAAAACAACAAUUAAUAUUACUUCCAAAACCUGUACUGCGAAAGUAUGAUGGCCAUUAUAUAAAAUAAUGUCCAGACAUUGUAUAAAAUUGUAAAAAUGUCUAAAUUGUUAACUUUGCCUGUAACAUAAUAAUAUAAAAGAACUGACUCUUGAAACAGAUAAUUAUUGGUCCAUAAAUUGGUAUUUUUAGAACAGAAAUUGUUUUUUGUUAAUUUACGGGUUAAUUCGCGGGUGAAAAAAUACAUUUUUAUAUUGAUUUUUUGGAGAAGGAAAAGAGUCAUAGGAAAAUAUGUUUUUAUUUUUUUUUCCAAUAUUCACAUGGUCAAAGUUGUGUAGGGUAACUGGUUAUAAUUCAUACUAUAUUAUUUUGUUUUCUUAUAUAUUUGAUUAACUUUUCUAUAGAGAGAUCAAGACUUGGACCAGGAAUGUCACAGGAAAUGAACACGUUAUACAGAUUCUGGUCAUUUUUCUUAAGAGACAAUUUUAACAAAAAUAUGUAUAAAGAAUUCCAAUCUAUGGCUGUAGAAGAUGCAAAUAGUGGUUUUAGGUUCGUUAGAAACCGUCAUUUAUUGUAUGUUUUACUAAUUUGUGUAAAUCCAUAUAUGUAGGUAUGGGUUGGAAUGUUUGUUCCGCUACUAUAGUUAUGGUCUUGAGAGGAAAUUCAGGCCAGAGUUGUACAAAGAUUUCCAAAUGGAAACAAUAAGAGAUCAUGAAAAUGGUAAUUUUUUUUUUUAUUAUUAUUAUAUUUUUUUUAGCAGAUUGAAAUAAUUAUUUUUUAAUUUCAUUAGGCCAACUUUAUGGAUUGGAAAAAUUCUGGGCCUUCUUAGAGUAUUAUAAAUAUAGUAAAACUCUUCAAGUGGAUUCUAAACUAAAGCAAUAUUUAAGUAAAUUUAAAACUAUUGAAGAUUUUCGUAAAGCCGAGGAGGUAAAUAUUUUAUUUUAAUGAUAUACGAGGAAAUUAAAUUAUAUAAUAUAAACAAUUUUAGCAAUUGCCAAAGAGUGAAGGUUAUUUGGAUGCAUCAAUGCGAAAAAUGGCACGUAUGAAACGUCAACGUAGUUACUCUGAGAAUUCUACACUGGAUACUUUAAAGAUGGUGUCUGAUAUAGUUACAAAGCCUUUAAAUAUUACAUCAACUCCAUCAUCGGCUAAUGAUACAAAUUGGCGUAGAAAUUCUGUUUUACCUCGAAGAAGAUAUUUGUCUGUUGGUAAGAAUUAAAAUUAUUGAUAACUAGUAAUUUUAAUAAAAUUAAUCAUGUUAGGAUAAAUUCAUAAAAUAUAUGGCCAAUUAUUUUAGGUGAGAAAUCAGGAGACCCUAAAGGAUCUAGAACAUUGGCAAAGGUAACCUUUGAAUUUAAUAAAAAAGGUUCAUCAACAAUUGAAGAAAAUUCCUCAGAAUCGCCAAAAAAAAGUAAUAGCUCAGAAAAUAAGUAAUCCAUAUUUUUUUUUUAAUAGUAUUUAUAAAUUAUCGCAUUAUACAAAUUAUUAUAUUUUAAAUAGAAAGUUUAAUUUUGGACGUAUAGAGAUUAUCAAACUUAGUUUAUGUUAUGUUAUUUAUCAAGAUUAUGAACUUGGGUCUAAUAUAUUUUUUCAGUGAAUAUAAUUUUAACUUAAUUAUAUAUUUUUAAGCAUUUAAUAUAUAUAUUUAAGUAUUUAAAAUAAUUUCUUAUAUUUUACAUCAAUAAUUAUAAUAAAUAAUGGAUAUUUGAUUGUUACAUUUACAUUACAUGUCUAAAAAUUGGCUACAUUGAAGACUGAAUUUUAUUUUUUCGUCUUUAUUGUAUGAUAUUAAUUUCUUUGCUCUUCAUUUAAAACUGUCUACCUUAUUUAUUUAUUAUAAUUGUUUUUUAAUAAUCUGAAACGCUAGUCUCAAGAAUUAAUAAGCUUAACAUAUGAAAAAAAUUAAUGUUUAAUAAGUUCUUGAUACCUAACAUAAUGAUACUUAAUUUAUAUUUUAUAAGUAUGUAUUCCACUGUGGAAAUUUCAAAUAAAUUAUACAUUUAAACUUAAACUUAUUGGUUCUUGAAAAACACUAACAAUUUUAUUGUGUAAAAAUAUGUUGAUUUAAUUAUUUGUUAUGACUUAUCUUACUUAUAAUGUUAUCAUUGUGAUUGAUAACAUUGUUUUUAGCACCAUAAUAUUAGUUUGGGAGUUGGGUUUUGAUAUCUUGUACAUAUUUAAUUGUUCAGAUGUUUGGAUUAUAAAUAACAGUCUAAUAGUUAAUAUUUUUUGCCAUUUAUUUUUUUAAAAUAUACUUUAUUAUAAUUAUUGUAUAAUUUAAGUCUUAUAUUUUAUAGGACUUUGAUAAUAUGCUCACAGGGUUUUUUUUUUUAUUUAUGAUUAAUGAAAUACAAGAUAAUUCAAAAGAUAAAGUUACUUGGUUUUAUUUUUUUGUUAUAUUUCAUUUUUUUGUAAUCCCCAUUUUACCCUUAAAUAUGAACUCAUUGAGAAUAAGGGUCAUCAUUUAUUUUUAUUCCACACAGUUUUGGAAAAUACAUUUCAUAAAAUACAUUUUUUACUCAAAAUCGUUAUUUCUUUAUUUUUUGAGUUGCCCCGAUUUAUUACCCUUAAAACAAGAUUACAUUAUCAAACCAAAUAUAUAAUUGUUGUGUUCAUCUUUUAAUUUUUAGCAAUAGUAUUAGUAUAAUCAAAUUAACUCAAAUUUUUAAGAGUAUAACUAACCAAUAUUUACAUUGAUUUCUCAUAAUAUACAUAAUAUUUUUAAGUAUAUUUAAGCUAGAUUAAAAAUAUUAAUUUGUUUUUUUUUUUUUUUUUUAGUAUGUGUAUUAAGUAAAACUAUUGAUUUGAUAAUAUAACUGUAGUUGAGUAAUAAAAUAAUUCUGGACACGUAUUUUUAUAUUUUCAUUUGUAUAAGUCCAAUGUUUAACAUUUUUAUUUUUGAAAAUAUUUUUACAGGCCUAUAAAAUUUAAAAUAAUAUGUUUUUGGUACUUAUAUAUUUUUAUAAACACACAUACUAUAGUUAUAAUGAUAUUGGAUUACCCAACUUAUUUAUAUAUUUUAUACAUAAUAUUUAAAAUAUAAUUUGGGUGUUUAUUAUACUUGUAUGUAUGUAUACAUAUUAUUUUAUAUAUAUAUAUAUAUAUAUAUGUAUAUAUAUAUAUAUAUAUUUAUGUUUUUAAAUAGCGUAAUCUUAUUUAAGUGUUUAAGUUUGUUAAUUGCUAAUUUGCUGAUAAUAAUUGCGUGUAUAUCAAUGUCUAUAUAUACACACGUUAUAAUAUUUAUAAUUAUUACUAUUAAUUUGUUUGGCUCCUUAAAAAAAAAAAAAAAAAAUUCAAUAUAAUUCUUUAUCAUUAUGUGUAUAAUAUCCUUAUUGAAAUACAAUAGUUUUAUUUUGAAAAUUGUAAUUUGUAAUUGUGUGUUAAUUCAUUAUCCAUAGUCAUUUCUCAAUUUCUUAAUAUUUUACCCCUACCAAGAAAAAAUGUUUGAUCCAUGCUAUAUUUUACUAAUUAUGAAAUAUUUGUCUAUGGAAAAAUUGAUACAUUAAAACAUACAGGAAUGUGUUGAAACUUACAAAUAAAUUUAUUGUGCUUAAAAUUAUAAUGUAUUGUAAUAGUAUAAUGAGCGGAAGAAACUAGUAAGGCUGUAAAAAAAGUAAUAAAGUUAUAGUGUAAGUAUGUGUAAAUCUUGGAAAACAAGAUAUUUAAUUAAUG